AUGACUACUUGUGCAGUCAAGUUUUGCGACAAUAAAAUGUCACUAACGAAAAAUAUAAGCUACUUCAGAUUUCCAAGCGACCCAUUGAGGUGUAAACAAUGGAUGGAAAAAUGUCAAACUGAACAUUUACUGAAAAAAGAUGCUACUAUUUUAUACAAAAAUUACAGGGUGUGUGGUGUUCAUUUUGAAGACAAAAUGUUUUUAAAUCCAAAUAGUAGGAAUCGUCUUACAAUGAAUGCUGUGCCAACCAUAUUUAGUGCUGGAAUAUUAAUGAAGAGAGAAAUGGAAAAGAAAUCAGAAGAAGAAAAGGAAAAGAAAUUGGAAGAAGAAAAGCAAAUGCGUGAAUCGUCAUGUUCUACUCCACCACACUCAUUAACUUACAAUGAUAAUGCAUAUACCAAUGUCAGUGACGUAUCUGGUUCCUCUUCCAUUUCUAGUAAGCUACAAGUGUCUACUAGUGAUUCAUCUUGCCAUACUCCACUUUAUCUCACUAACAAAACUCCAAGAAAAUUAAAACUAUAUAAUGAACUUCAGUCCAAAAAUAAAGAAAUUAAAGAUAUGAAAAAACAAAUUAAUGCCAUAACUCAACAAUUAGCAAAUGUUAAUACUGUUGAACAAAUGUUAACUUUAACUAAGCAAUUUUUACCUCCUGGUUUAUUUUUAAUUAUAAGUACACAUAUUAAUCGUAGAAAUACAAAAGCAACUGGGUAUAGGUAUUCCAAUGAAUUUAAACAGUUAGCUCUAACAAUUUAUUUUUUGGGACCAAAGGUAUAUAGAUUUUUGCAAUCAACUCUUGCUCUGCCUAAUCCAUGUACACUAAGACGCAUAACAAAACAUUAUGAAAUAAAUCCUGGUCUUAAUGAUUCAUUAUUUAAUUUUUUACAAUUUAAAACACAACAUUUUUCACCUGAAUCAUUAGAAUGUGUGUUGUGCGCAGAUGAAAUGGCAAUAAAAAGUAAUUUGUUUUAUAACAUAAGUAAGGAUGAAAUAAUAGGGUUUAAUGAAACAAACAAUCGUAAAACGUAUGAUCCAGCAAAGUUUGUACUUGUCUUGUUGGUUCAAGGCAUAAAUUUCAAUUGGAAGCAACCGAUUGCUUAUUUUUUUAUAUCAAACAGUUGUACAGGUUUUGAUUUGCAGGACAUAAUUUUAACCAGUAUUUUUAAACUAGAAAAUAUUAAAAUUAAUGUUAAAGCAUUUGUUAGUGAUAUGGGUUCCAAUUUCAUAGGCCUCUCAAAUAAACUUCAAGUUAGUCCUGAGCGGCCAUAUUUUGAAAUUAAUAAUAAAAAUAUAGUGUAUAUAUUUGAUCCACCACAUCUUUUAAAAGCCACCAGAAAUAUGUUUUAUCAACAUAAUUUUAAGUAUGAUAAUGAAUUAAUUGAAAAAAAACAUUUGGUUUCAUUCUAUAAUGAAGAUAGUAAAAAUAAUCUUCGCGCUGCUCCUAAAAUUACAUACUCUCAUAUAUUUCCUGGGCCUUUUGAAAAAAUUCGCGUAUAUUUAGCAGCACAGGUGUUUAGUGAGAGUGUCUCAGCUGGAAUGCUACUUUUCUUAAACUCGAGCCACUUACCUGAUACUUCAUUGCCUACAAUCAACUUUAUUCAAAAUAUGGAUAAACUUUUUGACAUAUUUAAUUCUUCUAGACGACCUGGCUUAAAACAAUUUAAUAGACCUUUUAAAAAUACUGAUUCGCAAAUUUCACAUUUAAAAUUUAUGGAAAACUUUUUUAAAACAUUACAAGUAUUUAACAAAAAAACAAAUGUUGAAGUGACAAACCAAAUGAAAUUUAUUAGAGGUUGGUUAAUUUCAAUCUCUGGUUUAUUUCAAUUGUGGGAAUCAUUAAAAGUUACCAAUACUGAUGAGAGUUAUGUACUGUAUACAAGUCGAAUCAAUCAAGAUAGGUUGGAAAAUUUAUUUGGCACGUUUCGUACCCAACAUAACGGAAAUAAUAUUAAUCCAACCCCAAUACAAUUUAUCUGGUCAUAUAAACAAAAUUUUUGUCUCAAUUAUUUCACCCACUCUGACAAUGCAAAUUGCAUAGGAGACUUGGAUGAAAUUUUAUCUAAAAUUAAUACAGAUCCCUUAAAUGACGAAAACAUAAAAAUUAUAUUUCAUGAUAAAAAUCCAUUUCAAUUUAAAAAAAAUAUACUUGCAAUAGACACCCCAGAUUAUAGGAAUUUAUCGAUGCCAGAAAAAAAUGCUUUCAUAUAUGUUUGUGGAUUUCUAAUGAAGAAAUGCAUUGAAAAACACUCUUGUGAUAUUUGUAUUCAAUAUGCAAAAUCACAAAACAAAUUGGAUGAGUCCUUUUUACUUUGCUAUUUCAAAGCAUAUGAGAAUGCAGAAAAAACAAUGUUUGGCAACUUAAUGAUGCCACAACAUGCAUUUUAUAAUUAUAUUGAUGAAUUGGAAAAUAUAUUUAUAAAUAGAUUUCCACACAUAGCUAUUAACAAAGAAGUAGACAAUGUUCAGUUUUGGCCAGUAGGUGAACGGCUACAUUCAUAUAGUUUGAUACCAGGUGUUCAUCAACAUGAACAUAUUAUUAAAGACGACCUAGGGUUUCUUUACUUUAAAAGUAAAAGAUUAGAAGACAAAGUGUACUUAAAAUGUAAAGAGAGAUGCCCAGCCACUGGUUCAAUUUCUUCUGAUGAAAAUAAUAAACAUUUUCAACUGCGGAGGUUACAUGACCAUGACGUGCGACCAUCAGAUACAGAAAUGAGGGAACUCCGCAGUUCAAUUGGAAUUUGGAAAUCGAUGUGUUCAACAAAUUGCUCGGCCAUACUCAGCACGAUCUUUAUAUGUAGAAGCAAUUGUUAG